AAGAGAGUAGUGUGCUGAAGUUUCCGAUGCUACUGCGGCUUGGUAGAAGAUGGCUUUUCUUAUGAGUUUUGUGCUGUAAAAGUCACAAGUUCCAAACAAAAGUAAGUGGACCAUGUCACAUUGAUUCCUUUGGUUCAGCAGGACUCUUCAGAUAAUAUGGAUGAAUUAGUUGUUCUUGAUCUCCUGUUGUAUUGCCCCGUGUGUCUUGGAAAAUUGGAUGCCACUGCUAAGGUUUUGCCAUGCCAGCAUACUUUCUGCCAACCUUGCCUGCAGAGGUUAUUAAAAGCAAAGAAAGAACUCCAGUGCCCAGAAUGCAGGACCCAUGUCUUUUGCAACAUUGAUGAAUUACCAGCAAACUUGCUCCUAGUGCGUCUAUUGGAUGGCAUAAGAGGCAGGCAAAGCAUAGCAAGAAGGAACUCAUUUCAAAGAAUGGGGGGGCUGGUUGCCCAAGAAUCCUUCAAGAGGAGCCAAGAACCCAAGACAAACCAUGAUUCUCCACAAAGGCUCUUUUCAAAGGCCAGGAUGCCUGUAGAAGAGAUACCAAGUGUGAAAACACUGUCAACCCACAGAGGUCGUUUACCCAGUGAUCUGUCCUUCCACAAAGGAGACAUCAUUGUGUUGCGUAGGCAGCUUGAAGAAAACUGGCAUCAUGGAGAUGUCAAAGGAGAUAUGAAGGUCUUGCGUAAGAUGGAGCACACCCCUGCACUUUGUAAAGCCCUCUACAACUUUGAACUAAAAGAAAACGAUUGGGGGAAAAACAAAGACUGCUUGAAAUUUGUAAAGGAUGAUGUUAUCAGUGUUAUCCGGAGAGUGGAUGAUAAUUGGGCAGAAGGCAAAAUCGGGGAUCAAGUGGGCCUUUUUCCUCUCCUGUUUGUAGAGCUGAACCAUACUGCAAAACAGCUUUUGGAAUCGAACAAACCUAAAGGAAACAAUUUGAGAACUCCCACCCAAUUAAAGAAAUCUUCAUCAAAGGCUAAAAACUCAGAAUCUGCCACCAUUCGCAGAAUGCCAGAGGCAAGGCGAAAAAGCCCAAGACAAUACUUGAUUACAAAUGCAUUAAAUACAUUUAACAAGAUGGUUCGUUCUCCUGUAGAUCGGCAGACUCCAGAAAUCAGCACCCCGAUACUCAUUAGUUCCAGUAAUCCUACAGUCAUUGAGAAAGCUGAGCCUUUAUCCAGUUCACCAGUCAAGGUUAAUGCUUCAAUAUACUACACCACAUUUGGGGCACAAGGCACCGGAUCAUCCUUAGUUGCCGUUCCAAAUUCACAGCAAACUAUUUUGGCUAACAUGUGUGUUGCUCUACACCCCUACAUAGCUCGCAGGCCAGAGGAAAUGGAUAUCCAGAAGGGAGAAGGCCUACGUGUUUUGGGGAAAUUUGAAGAGGGCUGGCUCCGAGGUGUCUCGCUCAUGACAGGAAAAAUUGGUAUCUUUCCGAGCCACUGUGUUUAUCCAGUUUACAGAAAAUCUUCAAGUUCUUCUGACCCACAGCAUCAUUCUUAUCCUACUAAGUGGGUUUCAAGUAAUGCAUCAGUUUCCUCACAAGGCAGUGUCUCAGAGAAUGGCAAUAGUAAGCCUGCCAGGACAUUUUUUGUGCCCUCCACUUCAACAGAUCCAUUCAAAAAUAUCACAGCAACAUCAUCGGCAAUGAUAUCAGUGCCUCUCCGACGAGGGAACAACAGUAUUAUGAAAAGUUCACCUAGCCAGAAGACUGUGCAAAACAACUCUGUUGCAGUGGCCAAGACCAACAGCACCAGAUCUCCUACUACAACUAUACAGCCACAUCAGAUUCCAAAUAAUAUUGCACAACCUGGUGUAUUCGGAAAUGCUGAACCCUGGUCAAGACAAUAUAUUCACUAUGACACAUCUCUUGUUGGUAGAGGAGUUGAUUAUAGGAGAUACUCUACUACUAGCUCUGUGUUCUUGGAACCUGCAGCAAAACCAUCCACCUCUGCUCCUUCGUCUAUACUAGUUAAGCCAGACACACCUAAAGCUAGCUCUGAAAAGCAGGUGAAAACAGUAAGAUUCCUGAAUUUUAGCCCUCCACCAUUAAAGAGGCAGAGUGCUGUAUUUCAACCAGAUGGAAAAAGUGACCACGUAGUUCCAGUUUCCCCUCAAAAGGAUGCCUCUCCAACUAUUGAAACAGUCGUAUACUCCCCGGCGCGUGCAGGGUCUAGUUUGGUGCCCGAGGCCAGAAAAGUGUCGAAGAUUCGUAGUAUGAGCAAUGAUCUUACACCGUCAGCACAGCCAGCCCUGUCUUCUCCAAGCAAAAGAACCACAACUGAUUACACUAAAAGGUGGAGUGUCAUCUAUCAUACCCAAGAUGUGCUGUCAUCUUAACGCCUCUAUCUUGAAACCGGUGAUUUAAUUUGUGCUGGUUUUAGCCGUACUGGGGAAUUUUUUUUCCCUAUCUUCAGCACACGAAAUUAGAUUUUGUGUUUGAGAGUUACUCUAUAAUCUAUCAAUCCAUUUUGUCACCAUGGACAGACUUACUAUGACAAACAAACUAUCACUGGCAGGUUCAAUUACAAAUGCUUCUUCUUCACCCAUCCUUAUUAUCAAGCCAGGUUGGUGUCAGGCGUUCUAUCAAUGCUCUUUGCUACAUGAAGAUAUAUAGUGGAUUUGUUUUAGUAUGUUGACUGGACUCUUUUUCUCACUGGGA